ACCGGGAGGAGAGGGCCGACAACAGUCUGGAGAGAGAAGGAGGUUUUGGAAUGGACUGGAGGCAGGAGGAGGUCCCGGCUUAAACCGAGGAGGCAGGACUUCUGGCUCCGUGGUGCGCUCUGGCACUAGGGAGGUUCCUGUGGAAGCGGAAUGGGCAGAGACAGGUCUUAGACGCUUUUAGUCCGCGCACAGACACUGCAGACUGCACUCCACUCCUCAGCAUCACGCAUCCGUGUACCAAACGGACCGGGCACUUCGGAGCGCAGCUGUUAACGUACCCUGUUGGGAGCUGACGAAUGGGAAAGGUCUGAAAACUUUUAUAGUCUUUGUUGUGCCAUAAGUCCACAGACAUUUAUUGGAGCUCAUGACGCUCGUUUGGGUCUCACAGCCGGAGUUGAGCGACAUUGAUUCUCAGUCGAUCACAGAGGUUCGGUUGGUCAUUAUUAUUAUUAUUGGAUCCUCCUGCUCAUGGGACUGUUUUUUUUUUCAUCUUGACAUCCUGUUUUUCGCGUCCGACAUGCACAACCCUGCUGUCUCCUGCUUGUCGCAGAGCCUUUGUGGGUGGAAUGGGGUUGUAAUGUGCGCACGUCUGGAUGACCGCUGCUUUGGAUUUCACAACAAACCAACAAACUGAAAGCUCUUCUGUUUAGACUGGAUUGAAAAUCGAAAGACUGCACAAGAUACACAAAAAGAGGAUUUGUUAAAGCUUAUCUUUGAGCUGGGUUCAUUUAGUGUAUAGUAGAUUUUUGAGGAUGUUGCCCCCCUGUGUGAACCCUCCUCCCUCCUGGUCCACCUGUAGGCUUUUCUUCUGCUUCUUGUUGCUGCUCCAAACGCCCCGGUCCUCCUCUCCACUAAUUACAGGUACAGAGGCCAGCUGUGAGAAUGAAGGAGAGGUCUUGCACAUCCCUAACAUCACAGACAACCCCUGUAUCACCUGUGUCUGUCUGGAUGGGAAAGCUGACUGUAAGCAGGAAAAAUGCCCACUCGUUUCUGAAGACUGUGCUCUUGUGGUGAAACAGACUGGAGCCUGCUGUGAAAGGUGUAAAGGUUGCGUGUUGGAUGGACGAUCCUAUAACAGCUCAGUAUUGUGGACCACCUCUACCAAGCCAUGCAUGACCAGACGCUGUCAGGAAGGGGUCAUCACCGAAGCAGAGGUGCAAUGUGUUGUUCAUUGCAAGAACCCCAAAAUCCACCCCAAGAAAUGCUGCCCCACCUGCCCUGGCUGUAUCUUUGAGGGUCGUCUGUACAAAGAGAAGGAGGAGUUCAGUCCAGAAAGGAAACCCUGCAUCAAGUGCACCUGCACUGGAGGGCGUACUCUCUGCAUGAGGGAGAUAUGUCCAGUCCUUUCCUGUCCAGCCCAUCUCAGCCACACUCCAGUAGGACAGUGCUGUCCCAGAUGCCUUGGUCAGAGGAAGGUGUUUGAUCUGUCUUUAGGAAGCUGUUUGUUCCAUAGUGAGGUCUACGAGAAUGACACUUCUUUUAUACAUGACAACUGCACCACCUGUACCUGCAAGAAUUCCACAGUGGUGUGCAAGAGGCAGUGCUCAAGGCCAGGGAGUUGCCAGGGUGACCAGUGCUGUGAAGAGUGCCUAUCCUUUGUAAAGGUAGAGGAAGUCAAGUACUGCAGAGUCCGGAAUAAAAUCUACAGGGAAGGUGACAUGUGGUCUUCAAUAAACUGCACUCUUUGUGCCUGUGUUAAAGGCAACGUUGAGUGCCAACCCAAACAGUGUAUACCAAUCACCAGCUGCCCUGCGAAUAAGAUCUUGAACAGGACUGGCUGCUGUCCAGUUUGCACUGAAAAGCCAGGAGUAUGUACAGUCUUUGGAGAUCCCCACUACAACACUUUUGAUGGCAGGACAUUUAACUUUCAGGGCACCUGUCAGUAUGUACUGACACGUGAUUGUGGUGGUAGCCUCUCUGUAGGCUCAGGGACUAAUACGAACAACCCAGAAUCCAGCUUUACCGUGCUGGUGAGGAAUGACGCACGGCGAACUCGCUCUUUCUCAUGGACUCAGUCUGUUGAAGUAAGGUUGGGAAGUUUGAUACUCAGCCUCCACCAGCACUUGACAGUUCGGAGGAAUGGCACACGCAUUUCCCUGCCAUACCAUGGUCCUGGUGUGCACAUUGAUCUGGAUGGAUACUUGCUCAGACUAACCACCAUUGCAGGCCUUGAGAUCACAUGGGAUGGUGACAGUUUUGUGGAAGUUGUUGCUGCUCCUCAUCUCCGUGGACGAUUAUGUGGUCUUUGCGGCAACUACAAUGGCCACAAGCGCGAUGACACAAUGGGAGGGGACAGCCAGUUCAAGUUUGACGUGGACGAAUUUGCAGAGUCUUGGCGAGUAGACGGCAAUGAAAUAUGUUCCCAGCAGCCACUGCCUCGCCGGCCAACAUCCUUCCUAUGUCCAGGCAGCGUUAAAGUCAAGUUUCGCGCACAUCGAGAGUGCCAAAAGAUAAAAUCAUGGGAGUUUCAGAAGUGCCAUCAUAUGAUUGACUUUGCUCCUUUCUACAGGUCAUGUGUGACAGACAUGUGUGAAUGCCCAGUCCAUAAGAACUGCUACUGCGAGUCCUUCAUCGCCUACAGCCGCGCCUGUGAGAGGGAGGGAGUACCGGUUCUCUGGAGGCCUGACACUGCUUGUGUGGCCACACAGUGUAAACAUGGUGCUGUAUAUGACACCUGUGGCCCUGGCUGCACCAAAACCUGUGACAACUGGAAUGAGAUUAGACCAUGCCACAAGCCCUGUGUGGCCGGCUGCCACUGUCCAGCCAACCUGGUGCUUUUCCAGGGCCGCUGCAUCAAACCCACAGCCUGUCCUGGACGGUGACCCUUGUGACAUGGGGGGUGGGUGUUAUUUAGUAUUAAUAUUACAGGGCCAAAGUAGCUGAAUGGAGUCACAGAACAAAGAAAGUUGAUAGAUCACAACUGUGAUUAGGUACUCAGGCUCCAAAUAUUUCUAUGGAAAUGUGCUGUUACCAUGAUUUCUUCAAGACACAAAUUACUAAGAUGGACGAAGAUAAACUCAACGGAUGGGACUCUUGACACCCAGUGUCCCCAACUGCCUUGUUCAGGCUCGGACUUAAACAUUUAUUAUCAGAAUUCAGCCCUAAAGCAGGUGCUACUUCCAGGCUUUCAGAGGCAGAACUUUUUGUCCAGCACUAACUCAGGGGCCCCUUGUGGAGACGUCAGUGACUCUCCAAACUGAGAAACACAGGCAAUGGACUCCAGUUUGAGCCAAAAUGGUUCCUGAAAUUCUCACAUAUUCAUUUUAAAGUGAAGAAAUCCUCAAUCAUAUCAAACUGCCAAGUGGUCUCCAGUCCUUCAUUUCAUACUGUAAGCUAGCCAGAUUUAUAUGAAAGACAGACAAUAUUGUUAUUAUUAUUUGUUUUUGAUAUUGUUAAUUUAUAUAUCAGUCAAAUGACACGUCAUAGCAAGAGCCAGAAUCAUGAAUAUAAUUGAAUUAUAGAUGAUUUAAAGGGAAAAAAGCUAUUUAUGUAUUUUUCAUGUACUUUUCUGUUACUGUUGAAGAGAAUUGCCCAAAUGUGACUUAGUUGCACCAUUGCAGGGAAAAAAAUACUGUAUUUUGUUUUGGUCCAAUGUUCAGGUUGUUCUGGUUAGUAUUAGACUGUAUUUGUUGAAACGUUAAUUUCACUUGAUUCUGAUUUAAGACUAGAAAUAUAAUCUUUUUAUCAAAUUGUGUUUGGCUGCUGUCUUCAGUCUAUAAAGCAACAAAAUCAAGGGGGGAAGAAAUCUAUUAAGAAGGUUGAAAGUCAGGUGAACAGAUCCUAACACAAAUUUGGGCAAAGAUGUAAAAUAAAAAUAAAUGAAAAAUAGCUCUGGAAAUGUUCAUAUGUCAUUCUGAUUAUGCAUUAAAGCACUUGAAAACAAGUAUGGUUCCAAAACCUCAGUAUAUUUUGACUACCAGAUCCAGAUCCCAGACUUCACACUACUUAUAUGCUCCCUUCUGUUACUGAAAAGAACAAGGUUAAAGAUGAAUGGCUCCUAUUUUGUUCAUUUGAUUUGAGUGAAAAUUAUUUUGUUUUUAAAUAUGAUUCAUAUACUGUAUGAACAAAAUUAAAAUGAACAACAGUGCAUUUUCCUGAUGUG